GUACAAGUUCCUUGACUUGCUCUUCUCCUCACAUUUGUUUCGUGACUUGGCAGAGUGCAGCCAAAAGUCUAUCUUUGGCUCUCUGUGCGAUAGCCGCAAUGGCCUCUUACACUGCUUACAGUGGCUACGGCAAAGCCCCUCUAUCUUACGCAGGCUCUUACUACGAUGAGAAGCAGGCCAAGACAUAUGCAGACUAUCAAGAAUCUGUAUAUGAGGAACAAAAGAAAAUUGAGAAGAAGGAACGUCAGGAUGCCAUCUGUUGUGAGGUUAUAGCCCUCAUCAUCGGUUUCAUUGGACUAAUCGGAGUGGCAGCCGUGACCGGCCUGCCGAUGUGGAAGGUAACGGCCUUCAUCCAGGAAAACAUCAUUGUCAUGGAGACCCGCUGGGAGGGUUUGUGGAUGAACUGCUACAGACAAGCCAACAUCAGGAUGCAGUGCAAGGUGUACGAUUCCCUGCUGUACCUGCCCCCAGACCUCCAAGCCGCUAGGGGUCUGAUGUGCAGCUCCGUGGCCGUGGCCACCAUCGCCCUCAUCGUUUCAGCAGUCGGGAUGAAGUGUACCAAAGUGGUGGACCAUCGGGCUCGCACCAAGCAUAUUGUUCUUGUGGCUGGAGGCUGUCUGUUCCUUUUGGCCUGUGUCACUACCAUAAUUCCUGUAUCCUGGACAGCCAAUGUCAUCAUCAGGGAUUUCUACAACCCUCUGCUGAUCGAUGCCCAGCGCAGGGAGCUUGGGGAGGCUCUUUACAUCGGCUGGGUGACCUCAGCUUUGCUUUUCACUGCCGGAGUGAUCCUGCUGUGCCGUCACGCUCCCCGAACCCAGGACCCAGAAGAGAGGGUUGUGUACAAUCCCAACGGAAAUAUCUACCAACCUGGAUACACAUACCAGCCCCAGGCAUACACGUACCAGCCAGCUUACAGCUACCAGCCUGCCUACUCAGCACCCCCGCCAGGAUCUGUAGCAUACACACCAACUCAGUACUAGUGAGGGAAAUCUAACACAGAGACAAUUUUGGACUCUAUUUCUUUAACUUGCCACGUUUUGGCACAUUUGAAAGAGUGUGAAUUGACUUCUAUGACCAAAGGCUGUCACUGGAAAUGGCCAAAUCUUUCAUUACUUUCUCAAAAAGUGUAUUGCAGAAUUAUUAUGAAUUCAUUAUGGAACUGUAAUUAUGAAGUGUUUUGAUCAAUGAAUUGUGAUGAAUUACUGUAAACUUUGUUUCUUUCCAUUUGCUUAAUUACACACAAUAUUUCAUUGUCAUUCAGAAGUAUUUUAAAUCUGAAAUAAUAUAAUAGUUGAUAUCACUGUCUUAACAGCCUCUGCUGACAUGCUCUUUGACAACAAAUUAUGCACUAGGCCUUUUUUCAUUUCCAGAUGAUAUGUAGUCACUGUGGAGUUUUUGUUGUAAAUGUACAUAUUGUUAAAGUGCUGGCCUAAAUAUGAGGUCAAUUGUGGUUUCUAAUAAAGGGAUAAAGUUGAU